ACAAACUCACCCAAACUCAACCCAAACACAUUAAAAACCAUGGCAAAGCUUGUCGAAACCUAUGCAUGCAUCCCUUCAACGGAACGCGGACGAGGAAUCCUCAUCUCAGCGGACCCAAAAACCAAUGCAAUACUCUACUGCAAUGGCAGGUCCAUAAUAAUACGCCAGCUGGACAAGCCACUGGACAUUGAUGUGUACACAGAUCAUGGCUAUCCCACGACAGUUGCGAGGUUUUCGCCCAACGGGGAGUGGGUGGCGUCGGCGGACGCGUCGGGGACGGUGAGGAUCUGGGGGAGGUAUAAUGAUCAUGUGUUGAAGAAUGAGUUCAGGGUUUUGACGGGGAGAGUUGAUGAUUUGAUGUGGUCGGCUGAUGGCUUGAGGAUUGUGGCGUCCGGGGAUUGCAAGGGGAAGGCGUUUGUAAGGGCUUUUAUGUGGGACUCUGGGUCCACUGUUGGAGACUUUGAUGGACACUCAAGGAGAGUUUUAAGUUGUGCAUUCAAGCCAACAAGACCAUUUCGAAUUGUCACAUGUGGGGAGGACUUUUUAGUGAAUUUCUAUGAAGGACCACCAUUUAAAUUCAAGCUCUCUCACAGGGAUCACACAAAUUAUGUCAAUUGUGUGAGGUUUUCUCCGGAUGGCACCAAAUUUGUCACUGUGAGCUCUGACAAAAAGGGUAUCUUAUAUGAUGCAAAAACUGCAGAUAAAAUUGGGGAGCUGUCAGCGGAAGAUUGCCACAAAGGUAGCAUAUAUGCUGUUAGCUGGAGUCCUGACAGUAAACAACUGAUAACUGCGUCUGCUGACAAGACUGCAAAAGUAUGGACAAUAUCUGAGGAUGGUCAUGGAGAGUUGGCUAAGACAUUGACUUCUCCAGGCUCUGGAAGUUUUGAAGAUAUGCUCGUUGGGUGCCUUUGGCAUAAUAAUUAUCUCGUCACUGUCUCUCUUGGUGGCACAAUAUCUAUUUUUUCAGCAACUGAUCUUGAUGAAUCCCCAGUAAUUCUUUCUGGACACAUGAAGAAUGUAAAUUCUGUUGUAGUGCUUAAAAAGCAAAAUCUCAUAUUGUCAUGCAGCUAUGAUGGUCUUAUAGUUAAAUGGACUAAAGGCAUAGGAUAUGCUGGUAAACUGGACCGGAAGGUAACUGAUAAAAUCAAAUGUUUUGCUGCUGUCGAUGAAGAGCUUGUUACAUCUGGAUAUGACAAUAAGGUUUGGAGAACCCCCCUAGAUGGAGAUCAAUGUGGGGAGGCAGAAUGUGUUGAUAUUGGCAGUCAACCUCAGGACUUGAGCUUUGCUAUGCUCUCUCCUAAACUAGUCUUGGUUGCAAUUGCUACUGGGGUUGUCCUCCUUGAGGGUACGAAAGUGUUGUCAACAGUUGACCUUGGGUUUUCUGCGACUGCAUGUACAAUUUCUCCUGAUGGAAGUGAAGCCGUCGUGGGUGGUGAGGAUGGUAAAUUGCACAUAUAUUCUAUCUCAGGUAAUAGUUUCAAAGAAGAGGCAGUCCUCGAAAAACAUCGGGGUGCUAUUACUGUAGUUCGUUAUUCUCCAGAUGUUUCCAUGAUUGCCUCUGGAGAUGUAAAUCGAGAAGCUGUUGUUUGGGAUCGUGCUUCCAGAGAGGUGAAGCUGAAAAACAUGUUAUAUCAUGCUGCACGCGUAAAUUGUCUGUCAUGGUCCCAUGAUAGCACUAUGGUUGCUACUGGAUCACUUGAUACAUGUGUCAUCAUAUAUGAAAUAGGCAAACCAGCAUCAAGUCGGAUAACUAUCAAAGGAGCUCACCUAGGUGGUGUUUAUGGACUGGCUUUUACUGAAGAAAACAGUGUAAUAAGUUCUGGUGAGGAUGGCUGUGUUCGUAUAUGGACCCUAGCCCAAGAAUAAAGAUGUAUCAAUAUCAUAAAGUUCGCUCUGUUUAUAUACAUCUUUUCUUUCUCCGAAGUGUUAGUUUUCAUAAAGUGAACAGGGAUAAUGCACUCCAUAAAUUGUAAGUUGAUCUCUAAGGUUCUUUAUGUGAGUGGUUAGAUUAGUAUCUUUUUUUUU